AUGUCAAAAAAUCUCAAUAACAAUUCAGUUAACAAUGCUUUUGGUGAAGAACCUUCUGUGGGAAGCCCACCAAGAAAUACCAACGAUAUAAGGACGAUAAUGUUGCAACACUCACAGGGAAUAGUGAGCAAUCAAAGACCACUAGCACCAAAGAGAGCUCGAUUGAAUCUUGAAGGUGAUUUGUCGGGUAGAACUCGUAACAUCCAUGAUGUGUACGAGAAACUUGAUACCAUGAAUGGUGUCUUAAACACUGUUUUGAAGAACACAUCUUCUGAGAAAGCCAAAGCCACUGCUAGUAAUGCAGUUGAGCAAGACAUGUCGCCUGGACGUCAACCAACAUUGGAUCAAUUGUUGCGCGAUUAUUUGAGUGAAGAGAAAUUGUAUGACCAAUACAAUACCAAUGAAAAUAAAAACAGUGAGGGAAACAGACUCGUUCUGAAGUCUGUUACCAAUUACCUUCGUUGUCAAGAAGAGGGGAAAAAGGUGGACUUGCCAACUCUUCGAACUAAGAUUGUGCGGCACAUUGGCAACAGAAAGUUGCAAGAAAAAAAAACAGGAGUGUUGUAA